AUGGUUAACUCCGAUACCAUGGAGGUUAGCGUUGGUGAACUACCAGGACACCCUCCCACUCCACGGCCGUUACUCGUUGAGGAAAUAUUUACGCCGUCGCCUACACCAUCGCCACAUUUAUUAGAGUUGCCGCCCUCUUCUAUGACUUCACCAUCGUUACCAUCAGCUUCACCGCAACCUCUUUUACCAGGGAGAUCGCCGCCACCGACUACCGACCCGUAUGAGUUUUUCUUGAGCGAGCCGGAGUUUGAGUCACCGUCUGGUCAAGUUUCGCCAGAUCUGUUGGGCAUGUCAACCGAGCCCAUGGAUGUCGGUGUGGAUUCAGAUGAAGAAGGAUUAAGACCACGGAGACUAAAUGUUGCGCAACGCAACGCACUGAAAGUCGAUACUCAGAUGGUUAAAUAUUGUCCGGUGUGUGACUUCAUGACUGUUGGCCAUAAGCUUGGGAGGCACCUUGCAAACCGCCACAGGUCGCAGAUAAAAAAGCCCCGAGACCUCAACAUCAGAAAGAUAUGCCAACACAUUGCCUCGGAAUCCCGCAAGUCCUAUUCCGUUGUCCCGUUGCGGGUGAUAGAGAAGAAGUUGGGCCCAUAUUGGGAUGACAGGUGUUUUAGAAGCAUCGCCCACGAACUUACGACCAUGGGAAAGAUGAAGACGUAUGGCGGAAGUUGGAAUCUUCCUGAUGUAACAGAUACGUGA